AUGGUCAAAUUAGCCCUUCUUAUCUGGCUAGCGGUCGCUGCCCCUGCAUUCUCCGCACCCGCUGAUGCACUUAGCGGUCUUGAUGCACGAGCCUGCACUACCCCGGCAAAUACACUCAAAAACCCGAGCUUUGAGUCGAGCUCCUUAACCCCAUGGGUCUUCCAGCCUACAUACGCCAAGCUCGGCAGCGCGACAGUCGUAAAACCCGGCUAUAAAAGCGACCACGCCAUCCAAGCAUGGGGAACAUCCGGGUAUAACGAUCCGGCUAGCUAUAACAAACUUUACCAGACCUUCAAGAUCUGUAAAGCAUCGCGCUUCCAACUCUCAUGGUCCAUGCUUCUCCCUAAAGAUAGCACCAAGUACACGGCGCCUAAUAAACCUGGCUUGUUCGUCGAGGCCAAAGCUCCCGAUGGCGUGCCGUAUUCAAUGGCUUACUUCACCUUCGACACCGAGACAUUCAGCAGCACUGUCUAUAGUCCGAAAUUCAGGGGUACGCAUAAAGUUAAUCAGUGGGUGAACUUUGUCGCGGAUUUUCCAAAUUCGCAGACUGGUACUUGGACGAUUUCGAUGGAGUGGUAUGUUACGAGUCCUAGUGCAAAGGGGAGUAAGAAUUCGACGCUGAAGUUCAAGAUGGACAACUUUGUUGUGAAGCCUAAAUGA